AUGAUUGAUUACACGUUAUACUUGGUUACCGACUCAACUAUGUUGCCUGAAGGCACCACUCUUCUAUCGCAAGUAGAAGCAGCGCUAAAAAAUGGUGUCACCAUUGUUCAGUUAAGAGAGAAAGACACUGAUACAAAGACCCUUAUUCAUAAGGCUUUAGAGUUAAAGCAAUUAUGCGAUAGAUACGAGGUUCCAUUGAUAAUUGACGAUAGAGUAGAUGUUGCAAUGGCGAUUGAUGCGUCUGGUGUUCAUGUAGGUCAAAGUGAUAUGCCUAUUCCUAUGGUGAGAAAACUUGUUGGCCCAGAAAAAAUUGUUGGAUGGUCUGUUGGAAAAGUGGAAGAAGUCGAUAUGAUCGCUCAAUGGGGCCCCGAAAUGGUUAACUACAUCGGAGUUGGAACCGUAUUUGAUACCCAAACUAAAAAGGAUAUCAAGAAGAUACCUUUUGGUCCUGAAGGUGUGUCAAAAAUCCUAACUCGUUUGGAAGAGAAAAAAUGCCAUUGGUGCAGAACUGUAGCUAUCGGCGGUUUACACCCUGAUAAUAUCGCUAGAACGAUUUAUCAGGCACAGUCUCAAACUGGAUCAAGGUCUGUUGACGGAAUCUGUGUCGUGAGUGAAAUUAUGGCAUCGAAGGAUGCUGCCGAAGCAACCAAGAACUUACGAAACAUUUUGAAGCAAGAACGUUUCAAUUUCUUGAACACUACUAGUAUUGAAUCUGAGGAGGAUCAUAUAAAGAAGGAGAUACAAUGGACCAAAAAAGUUAAAAAUAUCUCGCCAUUAAUUCAUCACAUAACCAAUAGAGUCCAUCAGAACUUUGGUGCCAACGUGGCUUUGGCAAUUGGAUGUUCGCCAAUAAUGUCAGAAGUUGCUUCUGAGUUCGCUGAUUUGAGCGCCAUUCCAAAUGCGGUACUCUUGCUUAAUACAGGUUCAGUGGCAGAUAUUGAUACGCUAACACAUGCAGUAAAGACAUAUAAUGCUCAGAAAAGGCCCAUCGUGUUCGAUCCCGUAGGAUUCAGCGCUUCAGCCACAAGAUUAAACACGAACUUGAAAUUAUUAUCAGCUGGUCAAUAUUCUUGUAUUAAGGGAAAUGCCGGUGAGAUCAUGGGAAUUGCAGGGGUGGGAGGAAAAAUGAAAGGUGUAGAUUCAAGUGGAAGUUACAAUCUGGAAACUCUUAUUGAAGCUACUCAAAUCGUAGCAUUCAAGUAUCGGACCAUUGCAGUGUGUUCCGGAAAAGUAGAUAUUGUAGUUGAUGGAACUGCUUCUUUAGUAUCCCCGCUAAGCAAAGGACUUUCUGUAACACCAAAGAAGCUACCAUACACCUUGAUUGAGACCACAGAUAUACCUUUAUUCGAUAAGAUUACAGCAUCCGGUUGCUCACUGGGUACUGUCAUAGCAGGUUAUGUUAGCGCUGCCCCAGAGAAUAAGCUUUAUGACGCUGUAACAGCAGCAGUGAGAUUGUAUAAAGAAGCAGGCACCAAGGCUAACACAACAGCAAACGGUAGCGGUUCUUUCCAGGUGCAUCUCAUUGAUAACUUAUAUAAAGCCGUUUUCGACGAAUAG